CUUCGUGUUGUUGUACAGGAUGACAGAAUCGCGAUCGGCGUCAGCAAGAGGUGCUGCUUUUGCUGCAACCUCCUCGCGAGGCUCAUCACCAAUCGGUUGCCCGGUCCAGCGAAGCUCAUCCUCCCAGCGACUCAUUCGACUGUAUUUGCCUGGUACCCUCCGGAGGGCCUUCCUGUCGAGAUCUGCAGGCCAUGA